AUGAAUAUCAUAUUGACGCUUCCUCAGCCAGAAUUGUUCAAGACAACGGUAAUUCCGUUCUUGGCGGGCCGCAAUAUUAUCAAUUCGGAAGCAAUUCUAUCCAAUUUGCAUACCGUUUUUUACGUUGCUAUAUUUUACCAUAUGUGGUUUCUUUUUGGUAAGUGGAUCUUAUUCCCACCUUUGGUUAGAUGGAAACUGGACUAUGACCAAAAGCAUGGCGUCAAGAAAGAUGAGAAGAUAGCCCCCGAACGUCAAACUGAACAUUACAAAAAGAAGUACACCUCUUUAAUUAACCAAAGUUCAGUUCACUUGAUAUCCCUUCUGCAAAGUAUAGUAGUCUUGUACUACUCAUUGAAGUUCUUGCUCGAUCCAAAGGCCUCAGCAGAGCCGUAUCAAACUUCCCACUCUCGAGUUUUCACAGAGAGUCGUGACACCCAAGUUAUUUGUAUUUUCGCCAUUGGUUAUUUUGUUUGGGAUAUCUACAUUUCCACCAUGUAUUCUACCUUCCCCUUUGUUGUGCACGGUAUCAUUUCCACAGUUGUAUUUUGCAUCGGGUUGAAACCGUACAUCCAAUACUAUGCACCGGUGUUCUUGAUGUUUGAAUUGUCCAACCCUUCUUUGAACUUUAGAUGGUUUGGUAUCAAGUUCCUACCCCACAAAAGCAAAAUUUGCUCCCUGCUAUUGCUAUUGAACAAUUUGAUGCUCAUGAUCAUCUUCUUUGCGGCCAGAAUUGUCUGGGGGUGGUUCCAAAUUGGAAAAUUGUGCUACGACUUUUACCAGGUGCGCAAUGAUCCGGGCUUCUUAGCUCUUGACACCAUCAUUAUACUUGCAGGCAAUUUCGUUUUAGAUGUUUUAAAUGUUAUCUGGUUUUCCACUAUGAUUUCUGUGGCCGCAAAGGUCUUCAAGAAGGGUGAAUCUGUAGACAAAGUCACCAAAAAUGAAAAGUGA